CGUUGAUCACUACGUAUUUUUUGCAAUCGCCGCCAUCCUUGUUUCCAACUUGUAGUUUUUAUUUGUCUUUUCUUGAUCCUUGUUCGAGUACUAAGAAAUACCCUUUUGAGUUUUUCAUUGUAAUUCCCUCAAACCUUUGAUCAUUGAUUCGAGAACACCCUCUUUGAAUUGGGAAAAUAAUGAGUUUUAGCUUCAAGCAAUCUGCUUUGACGUCAUGCAUCGAUGUCUCGAUUCACAAAAGGUCACCACCUUCAACAAUUUGCAGACAUUCCUUUUCACCAUCUUUGAAUCUUCGAAACAGCCCCAAAAGAACCAAUCUUUCAGUGUCGAAACCACUGCAUAUAUCGUCAAUUUCGAGCAUCGGCGAGGGGGAAAAGCCGGUGAUCAUAUGCAAGGCUUAUGAAGCCGACAAGUCACAGCCUGUUGACGCAGCCGGGCAAGUGAAAGCGGAAGGUGCAAACAGGGUGAAAAUCGGGGUUUAUUUUGCAACCUGGUGGGCUUUAAACGUGGUUUUCAAUAUUUAUAACAAGAAGGUUUUGAAUGCUUACCCUUACCCUUGGUUGACCUCGACUUUGUCCCUUGCCUGUGGUUCUUUGAUGAUGUUAAUUUCAUGGGCUACAAGGAUUGCUGAGGCACCAAAAACAGAUUUUGAGUUUUGGAAGACUUUGUUCCCGGUUGCUGUGGCACAUACAAUUGGACAUGUAGCAGCUACAGUGAGCAUGUCUAAGGUUGCAGUUUCAUUCACCCACAUUAUCAAGAGUGGUGAACCUGCUUUCAGUGUGUUGGUUUCCAGGUUCUUGCUCGGGGAGACCUUCCCUCUCUCGGUUUACCUGUCCCUUAUUCCAAUCAUCGGCGGUUGUGCUCUUUCCGCUUUAACCGAACUCAACUUCAAUAUGACUGGUUUUAUGGGAGCUAUGAUAUCGAACUUGGCAUUUGUCCUCCGUAACAUAUUCUCGAAGAAGGGCAUGAAGGGGAAAUCCGUUAGCGGGAUGAACUACUAUGCCUGUCUAUCUUUGUUGUCUCUCGUAAUUCUCACACCUUUUGCAAUUGCUGUGGAGGGACCGCAGAUGUGGGCUGCAGGAUGGGAAACAGCUUUAUCUCAAAUUGGACCACAGUUCAUCUGGUGGGUAGCAGCCCAAAGUAUUUUCUAUCAUCUCUACAACCAGGUCUCAUACAUGUCCCUCGAUGAGAUCUCUCCCUUGACAUUUAGCAUUGGCAACACCAUGAAACGUAUAUCUGUUAUAGUGUCGUCCAUCAUCAUCUUCCACACGCCUGUCCAGCCAGUCAAUGCUCUUGGAGCCGCCAUCGCUAUCCUUGGAACCUUCUUGUAUUCUCAGGCAAAAGCUUGAGAAAAACCAGGGGUUCGUGCAACACAGAUGACUAUAAACAAUGUGAUAGGAAGGCCGCUGGGUUUGUUUAUGCUUUAUUGCAGGUCAGAGGGGAAUCUGAUUGAAUAAACAAGGAUUAAGGUCCCAUAUGAUCAUUAAUAAGAACAAGAACAAUGUUAUUUGUUUAAAGUUUCCUGUUAGGUGGUGUUUGAAUAGCCAUAGACGGUCGAUUUUACUAUCUGUGAUAAUAAUAAUAAUAAUAAUUAGAACGA